AAUUCUUUAUCCCGACUCGAUCAGGCCGUCCUGGCUGUCUGAUCUCAACAAUAAGUCGUCGCAUAACGAUCAUGAAAGGGCUUUCAGAUCGAUCGCGUGCGUUUUCUUUGUUUUGCACAGGCUUAUAAUCUAUGCUCGACUGUUAUCCUGUAAUCUUAUUUGUCCAAUAUGCCCGCAAUUCGACGCGGGAGUACAUACCUCGACGUCUCCACGACAGCACACACACCUGAGGGGCGCCUCAAACUCGAUAAACUUUGCGCUGGUCGCAAACUUGCGCAACAGAAUGCUGUCUGUACCACUUUGCUAUUCAUCUGCGAUGAAAAUCGCAAUCUUGGUCCCGCAGAUACCUUAAGCGUAUCCUUCGAGGAAUUCAAGACUACAAUGAAAAAUUGCGCGAGUGCUGCUGGCUUGAAGUUAGGCCCUUGCCAGCAUGCUUACUUGCGGCGGGUGCUCUUAUUCUUCUGGGAGCAUGGGCACAUCGACUUGACCUUUGCCCACAAUGGCCGUCAGCGGGAUGUGGUCCAACAGAUCGAAAUUCAAUCUAGUUUCUACAACAUUUAUCGCGGCUUUCAAGAAGUCCUGGAUGGAUAUGGAACAUUAUCGGCCCGGGAAAAAUACCGUGCGUAUAUGUCGCUUGCAACCAAAUUAUUUGGAAAGGAUCGAACACCGACUGUGCUCCAGGCAGCUAGAUGCGCUUUCCAAUAUUCCAGAAAAUAUCAGGAUUUAGCAUCCUCUGUACGUCGAGAAAGAGAUGCCGCUAAUAGUCAGGCAGACACUGUCGCGGACGACGAGAUUAAUGAAGGUGAUAAUUCGAUGGACUUAAUAACCCCAUAACAAUCAACUUGUUCCUUUCACACCUGCCCGCACGCUGAGCUAUAGCCACAGUAAAGGAGACAUUGGCCUCCCCACACCCGAGUCACUGCCUCGGCGACAAGUGGUUGUAUCACGGUCAUCACCUACAUCCACAGCAUCAUCCU